GCUGGUCUAUGCCAGUGAAAUUUGAAUAAUUUUCCUUCGAUUGUCGAUUCCUGGCAUGUGCGACCGAAUAACAUAGAUUUGCGGGGGGCAAAUUAAAUAAAAGGGGCGGGCCACUCCUCCGUCAGUCGCAGUUCGAUCGCCGAUCGUUCGUACGCACAAGUCGACGAUCGAUCUUUAUACACAUCAUUUUCCAUUUCUUUUUUUCCUUCUCAUCGUUAAGUGCAAACAAUUAACGUCGAAAGUGAUUUUUAGCGAGUGUGUGAACAAAACAGAGAGAUAAAGAAAGAAGAUCAUGAUAGCGAUAUUAUCGAUUUUGUUACUGGCAAGAUCCGCGAUAGCCAGUCAGGACUUCCUAACGAAUUCUCUGAACCAUUGCAUUUCCGAAGAUUCCUGGUCCAGCUGCCUCAAACACGAGGUCCUUGGAUACCUUGAUGAAAAGUUGGGUACCAUUACCGAAGCCAGGUCUCUCGAUACCGUCGAUGAAGCCAUCGUAGCGAGGACCUUCAAAUAUCUCAAGAGUUUUGAUUAUGGCAUGGACUUACCCUUUAUCGACGCCAGUUUGAAAUACAGACCAAGUAGGAGCUUGGCUGAUCUUGAUAUUGAAUUUAAAGAUAACGAUGUUGUUACCAAUCAAGCUCGUGGAUUAUUUAAAAAGAAGUUGCUACUUCCCUUUUUGCUUCUGUUGAAGUUGAAGUUAAAAGCACUUAUGCCGAUCUUCGUGGCUAUCAUUGGAUUGAAGGCUUUGAAAGCUCUAGUUCUCUCGAAACUCGCUAUCUUACUGGUCGUUGGAUUUCUUGCCGUACAAUUUUUAAAGAAGGGUGGCAUGAUGAUGCCUAUGGGUAUGUCAAUGGAACCGGCUACUCCCGCAUACGGAGCUCCACCUAUGCCCUCGACCACGUCGAGCUAUGAUCCGGCCAAUACAUGGGACGGAACCGGUCCGUAUUCCCGCGUUUGGACGCCGAGUAAUGGAGUGGAGUCUCAAAAUUUAGCAUAUAGCUAUUAUUCACCCAGUAGUGGCUCGAGCUCGUAUAGUUCGCUUGGUUCUUCUUCAUCUUCUUCGUCUUCGUCGUCUUCAUCUUCAGGCAGCUCAUCGAACUACUAGACGAAGAAGGCUAAGUGAUUCAUUCGUCAAUGCCAGUCUCGAUCGUUCGUCUAGACCAAAGAAGCUAAUAACACUGAAUUGACACGCGAGUCGAAGCAAAAUUCAGCUUUCGAUGAGCUCUCACAUCCACUUUCUUCCCUCUCAUUGACUAAUAUUUCUCGUACGUCCUCGAAGAAUUUCAUCGAUCAUCACAUUGGACAUUCUUCGAUGUAUUGGAUCCGAUCAGCGAAGUAGCCGAUGGAUGUUUCUGAUAUUUUCUAUCGAAAUUCGAUGGAUCAUCGAGCGAAUAUAAGCGAGUACGAGAUUUUACCAUUUUAUAUUAGAC